AUGGAACACACUCUCAAAUUAAACGUGCGUAUUAAAUUUGAUUCUUUUUGUAGCCGGUGACUGCAGCAGCUUCGCAAGAGGACCAGGAAAAACUCUUGGAUGAGGCCAUCCAAGUUGUGAAGUCUCAGUCAUUUCAGAUGAAACGAUGUUUGGUAGGUGUCGAUCCUUAUCGGAAAUGCCACCUUUCUUUUGUUUUUGUUUUUUUUUCCUCUUUUACCAAUUUUGAACUCACAAAUGCAGGACAAGGGAAAGCUUAUGGAUGGCUUGAAACACGCAUCAAAUAUGCUAAGCGAAUUGCGAACGUCGAUGCUGUCACCAAAGAGUUACUACGAAUUGUGUAUCCUUUUUGUGCUGGGUACUGACAAGCUUCCUACGUAAACUGAUGCGAGAUUUAACAUGUCAACAUUUGGCCUUAUUUCUAAACGAUUCAUAUUUUACUAAUUUAUGUCCGGAUUAAAUGUCUGUUAUUAAUUGAAGUUUUUCUAAUCGUUCGCGGGAAUUUUAUGAGUUGAUGUGUUAAUUUGAUCAGUUCUUCAAUUGUUAUCUUGGUCUCCUCGAACCUUUGGAUGUUAAGUGUUUCCCGUGAGCAAGGUGUCUCUCUUUUUAAAUAAGUCUGUUGUAGAAGCCUUCGCUGUGUUUACUUGUUAGAAAGAUUUUUUUCUCUCAUCGUCAGAUUUACAUGAUGUUGUCUUAAUAUUAACUAUUGAUCACAGCUGUAUUUGGUAGACUACUGUUGGAGAAAGCAUUGUAUUAUUUUCACUUUUGGGAAGUUGUUGGAUUUGUAGAAAUUUUUUAAAAUUAUUUCUGUGCAUUUCUUUUUCCACCCAGUUGGUUGUCUUGAUUGAUCUUGAGCAGAUUAGAAUGGUGAUAAUUUUUUAAUUUAGCUUUCAGAAAUAUUAUUUAAAUUGAUGGUUCAUGUGAUUUUUGCAUGGAUUUUAUUCUCAAAUGGUUUGGGAAGUGCCUUUCUAAUGUGCCUCCUUGCAGCCUUUUUGAUUGCCUGGCAUGACACUUCUUGCAAGUAUCUUCUAAGACAUGGCCUGUCUUAAAGGAAUUACAGGUGUCUGUGGGCUUCUAAAUUACUUUGGUCUCUUCUCCCCUUAACAGUUUUACUGCUCUUGAAACUGCUCUGUGAAGAGCAACUAGGUGAAAUCCUUAACAAAUAUCAAGAUAUGGCAAUAUCUGAUGAGCUGCGGCAUCUUGAACUUUUCCUUGUGGACGAGUUCCAGAAGGGCCGCAAAGUGGCAGAUCUCUAUGAACUUGUUCAAUAUGCUGGAAACAUUGUCCCAAGAUUGUAAGUAUUUCAAAACUGCAAUAAUGCUUUGUACAGCACAUGGGACUGAUAUAUCUCAUGCAUUGGUUUUUUUCCAGUCCAGUAAGCCAUUGAGGUAGAUUUGAAAAUGGUAAUUGAACUGCAUGGAGUGCAAUUUGGUCUGAAAUCAUAUGCAUGAUUUCUAAAUUGAAGAAGUGUGCAGCACAAGUUUGAUUUGAAAUCAUAAGUAUGAUUUCAGACAAAAAUUGCACAAUUGUACAUCCAUUUUGAAAAUACAAAAUUAAGUUGCUCAAAUCCAGGAUUUUUUUAGUCUGUACAAAUGAUUUAUUGAUCCAGUAUAGAGCUGGUUUGUAAAAAGGGUUGCAAGAGUUGUCUUUUAUUUCCUUCUAAUAUGACUGGUUACUUUAAACAAGGCUUGAAACCUGAUUGGUUGUUGUUCUUAAACAAAGGUUUUGUCAUUGGCUGGGAAAAAAGAUGUGAUUUAGAGCAAAAAAUUGGUGCAAUUGAUGAAUAAAUUGCACCUCUGAGAGCCAAUCAGAUUGUAAGGAUCACCAGCAAUUUCAAAAUGGAUAUAAUAAAGAUCACUAUUAUUUUUAACCUUGAGGAAAUUGUCAAAUUUGAAGCAUAUAAAUUAGUGAUGUGACAACCUAUAAUAUGAAUUUUAUGGUCAAAAAUGAAUGUCAGGUCAGGUUUACUUUGUUCUUCCCUUUCCUCCAGUUACUUUAUUGUGCUGAAAAUCAAAUACGUUUACAACUAUUUUAUGAUGAAAUAAUUGUCAACUACAACAUGUCUCUUGUUGGAUAUUUUCACUUAUUCUGUGCAAUUUAUUGUCCUUAAUGUUCUCUGAAAAAAAAAAUUAACAACAAUCCUGUGCUGCACAAACUGAUAUAAUAAUGAGAAUUUUCAUGUAUCUGGGAAUAAAAAGGUUUUAAUCAUAACUCUGUUUGCCUUAGUAACUUUCUUUUCUGAUAUUUUUUUUGUGUAAGGUAUUUGCUAAUAACUGUUGGAGCAGUUUACAUCAAGGCAAAUGAAGCAUCUCGCAGGGAUAUUUUGAAGGACUUGGUUGAAAUGUGUAGAGGUGUUCAGCACCCUCUGAGAGGCUUGUUUCUUCGUAACUACUUGUUACAAUCAACAAGGAACAUGUUGCCAGAUACUGGAGAAGAGGAACCAGUGUAAGAUAUAAAUGUUCUUUGUUAACCCUGUAACCCUAAAGAGUGAUGUGCAUUUAAUUUCUCACAACUGUAUCACCUCUGAAUCAAACAUCAAGGUUUUGAGAAUAAAUUAAAUAAAUGUGAACUCAAGAAGUUCUCGAUUGUUAGAAAAAUUCUAGUUACAUUGGAAAUAUUUAGAGAACAGCAUAGAGAACUUGCAUACUGAUAUUAGGGUGUAAAGGUUAGAUUAUAAAAAAUAUAGGGAGAAUUCACGAACCUACAUGUAUCACGUCUGGUUGGUUGAAGCUUUGGGAGAACAGAAAUGUUGCAGCAACAAAGUACUUGCCCCCUACUUUUGACUGUGGCAGAGGUUGGAUUCCCCUCCUUCACAUGUGGUUUGAGUUUGGUUGGGUUUCUUUUCCUUGUCAGGAGGGUAUUUCAAUCAAUCAAUCAGUCAAAUCCUUUAUUUUAAAAUGAAAAUUGUUGAAGCUAUAAAGCUUGCAGGUCAUUUUUCUAACAGUCUAAAACCUGAGAUUUAAAGCUAUCUUGAAAAAGGUAAAAUUAACUAAAUUUCAUGCAAAUUACAGUAUUUUGAUUUCUUUUGGUUCUCUGUUUUUUCCAUCCCCAAAAAAGAGAUAUUUGUAUUCCAAGUUGACCUAGAAAGAGGGGAUAAGGAGAAGCACUUUAUGGAUGUACAGAUUAAGAUUGUACAAUUUAUUCUGACUAACAUAUCCUGAAAGGGUUUUGUCAUGCUAUGUGCAAAUUUAGCUUUUUCAUACUUGAGUCAUGCUUAGCUUAGGAAAGAAAAGUGAAAAAGAUAGAUGCCAGUACAGUCUACAGGAAGUAAGGAAAACAAGUAGUAGAACUUUGACUUUGCCAAGGAAUGGUUAAAAAAAAACUGCUAACAAGAAAAGGGUUUGGUAAAACUGACCUUAAGGUAAAGGGAAUGUAUGUAGUUAGAGUUUCAAUUUAAAUGAUGCAAGGUUAGACUGUUUAUAGCUUAUUUUUUGGUUGCAGAGCUGACUCUGAGCACCAAGAUGGCACUGUAAAGGACUCCAUAUCCUUUGUGCUUCUAAACUUUGCUGAGAUGAAUAAACUUUGGGUUCGGAUACAACACCAAGGCCACACCCGUGAUCGAGAGAAGAGAGAGAGAGAGCGGCAAGAGCUGCGCAUUCUUGUGGGAACUAACCUUGUCAGACUGAGUCAACUUGAUGGAGUUAAUGUUGACACUUACAAAAAAGUAAGGUUAUCUAAUUACUGCUGCUGCUAACUCAUUUAACUCCCAAGAUCUGACUGCUAAUCCCUUAAGCCCUAACAUCAGUAUUCAGAGAUUAGCACAUUUUUGUACAUGAGCAGCACCUUUAGUGAGGUGAUAACAUGGUGACUUGGAAUAGGCCAUGACAGACUACAUUUAUAAUCUAUUUUCUCAUUCAGACAGAGAAGAAGUACCUUGUACUUCCUUAUAUCACAGAUCUCUUAUGUAUUUAUUGAUUGACUAUUAGGAUACUCCAAUGUCAUUUUUACAUUUAUGCUCUGUAGAAAUCAACAAAUUAACCUUGUAACUGUUACCUCUUUAGAAUGUCCUUCCAGGAGUAUUUGAGCAGAUAGUGAGUUGCAGAGAUCCAAUCGCUCAGGAAUACCUCAUGGAGUGUGUUAUUCAAGUGUUUCCGGAUGAAUUCCACCUGAGGACAUUAAGCAGUUUCCUCCAUGCUUGUGCUGAUCUUCAUGAAAGAGUGAACAUCAAGAACAUCAUCAUAUCACUCAUUGAUAGACUUGCUUUAUUUGCAAACAGAGAAGAUGGCGGAAUACCAAGUGAUAUAAGAUUGUUUGAUGUGAUGUCUGAACAGGUCUCUUCAGUUGUUCAGGUAAAUGAUGUGAUAAAUAGAGAUUGGUCCAUGGAAAGUGCAUGCAAAUGAUUUUUAUCCAUGAGUUGUGAUGCAUCAAAAAAAGGAAUGAGUGAAUGCAGCAAACAAAUAGUUUUUUGAUGCAUCGCAACAAGUGAAUAAAAACCAUUCAAGCACUUUCCAUGGCAUGAUAUUUUUAUUUCAUUUAAACUGAGAUUUUUUCACUUUUCAAUUCAAAGAUUGGAAGUGAACAACUGUGAAAAUACAUCAUUCGUCCAAUCAGAGACAAAAACAAAGUAUAAAUCUCAGUAUGUAUGAAAUAAAUUAAGAUGAAAGUGACCUUAACACAGCCUUGCUAUUCUCUCAAAAAAAUCUAUAAUAUCUGUCAGCAUUUAAAAAGCAAUCUAGACUUUGUAGAAUAAGGUUCUUAGCCAUAUUUUAACUGUCUAAAUAGACUCCUGUUAAAAAGUAGUUUUGAAAGUUGGAACUUAAAUUCAAGUAGUAAUUUUUUUUUAAUCUGUAGAGAAGUUAUGGAUACAUACUGUGUAGCAUUAGGUCAUGUGCCAAACCAUAAAUAACACUCUUUUUAAGUUAUCAUAGAUUACCGUAAAAACCUGCAUAUAAGCUGCACCUUUUUUCCAAAAUUCUUCACUAGAAAUUGGGAUGCAGCUUACCUGCAGGAACAUUUGAAAAAGGUGUCGUAAAUGCUGACGCCAAUGUCCAUUUUUGUGUUCGAUCUAAUGCCUGGUUACUAAGCUUUGAAUGUUCCACUCACAUUCUUGUUGUAAUGCAAAAAUCUAUGGAAAAACUGUGUUGAAUGAAGAAAUUCCUGUCAACAAAUAUCAGAAAAAGAUCAAUAUGUCAAAGUUGGUAGAAACGAUGUUCAUUAUAAUGAAGUUAUAAAAUUGUGGGUAAGACUUUGAAGUAUUUUUUGUUGCAAUGUCAAUUGUGAUUUUACGCUCGAUGAACAGUGGAUGAAGAAGACUUCUCAAGACUCAACUUUGGAUUUCUUUUGAUUUCUUUCAAAAAAACUUUUUUCUCCAAAAUUUGAGCUGCUAAAUUCAGGGUGCGGCUUAUGUACAAGUUUUUACAGUAUUAGACUAUUGCUAGUACUAGCAAUAGUACUAGCAAUAGUCUAAAUAGAAUAUUAAGUAAUAAUAGUAUAUUACUGGAACUAGAAACUAAGUAACAUUUUAUAGAUGUAUAAUUUCUGCAUGUUACUCCAUAACUUUUAUUUUUAGGCACGCGGUGAGAUGCCAACAGAAGACAUUGUUUCUCUUCAAGUAUCCCUGAUUAACCUUGCCUUAAAGUGUUACCCUGAGAGAGUGGACUAUGUCGACAAAGUUCUACAGUACACCUCUGAGAUUUUCAGCAAACUUGAUAUCUCUCAGUAAGCCACAAAAGCAUGUUCUGUUAUGUAGACUAUUUUAUACCUACAUAAGUAAUUAAAAGUUCACCAGGCAAGUAAGGAUUUUGAUUAGAAAAAGAAAAAUAGUCUCUUUUUUAAAAUCUCAGUCAUACCCAUCACAGCUCCAUCCUAAAAUGUAUGUUGCUACAACAUUUCCGCCACUUUAUUUGGAUCCUUUUAAAAAGCAAUCAUCCCUGCUGUAUGAUUAUCUCGCUUAAUAUGACUAUUUUUUGAUUAAUAUGACUUUUUUUUUUUUUAAGAAAGUCUUGUAAAGGUGAGUUUUGUAAUUGGACUGAAAUGCAGCUGGUGUUGGGGCCUUCUUUUUUUAAUUUUUGUGAAAGUUAUUUUUCUACUGCAAUGUUUUCAUUUAAGUUUGCUCUUGAUAACAAAUCUGCUCUGUUACAUUUUAUACAUGUACAUCUUGUGACAGCCAUGUGAGAAGUUUUUUCUUUUUCUUAUUUCCAGUAUGGACAAGAACAAUGCAGUUUCAAAGGAACUGACAAGACUUCUGAAGAUCCCUGUUGAUUCCUACAGCAACAUUCUCACACUUCUUCAGCUGGAAUACUUUGCUCCAUUGUUUAAAUACUUUGAUUUCAGCUCAAGGAAAGAGAUGUCACUUUAUGUGAUUACCAAUGCUGUAGAAAGUGCAAUCACAAUCCCCACCCAAGAGCAGGUGAGUGAAAAACUGUCAGUUAUGAUAGAAGUACGACUUCUGUGUAUAGUUGUCUACUAGUGAGCAUACUAGAUUCCAGAUUUGGGAAGUGCUAGUUUAAGUCCAGGCUAUUGUGUGCACUCCUAGAAAAGACAUUUUCUUCAUACAAUGCCUCUCUUUGUGUGGGUUAUAAAUGGGUACAGUCUCCUUGUGAGGGAAAACUGAUCAAGUUGAUGCUAGACAGUAGGUUGUGAUGUAUUAGGGUCAAAUUACACAGGAUUGGUAAUACUUUGCAUGACGUUUUUCUAUGGAAACUGAAACAAGAGUAGUCAAGUAAACUUCUGUGAAUUUCCUUUGGAUCUGGGCCCAGUUGUUUAAAGAUUGAUUAGCGCUAACCCAAGGUUAAAUUUUGAUCUGGAUUUCUUUAUUCCUUUAUUCAAAUGCCUUUUUGGGAUAGUUUCUGGUGUUUUUUAUAGAGCAUCAAAUAAUCAUAUUCUAGACAAAAAGAAUCUGACUGAAUUUUCUUUUAAAGCUAUCAGAUCUGAAAUCAGAUUUCACACUAACCCUGGGUUAUCUUAACCUAGCUUUGAACAACCCGGCCCUGGUCGUCUUUUUAAAUGGAUGUCACGUUCUGUUGUCUUUGUUUUCUGUUUUCCUAUACAUAUAUUCUGGUUGUAUUCAGGAAAUUCUGAUGAAUUUAUAAAUUCUCAAAACUGACAUGAAAGGAAUCUAAUACAUUGAGUUUGGAGAAUUCAUGUUUGUAUCUCUCUAACUCAGGUUGACUCCGUGCUGAACCUUGUCUCCACAUUGGUUUGUGACCAAGAAGACCAACCCUCUGAACAAGUGAGUACCUCACUACAGGGAACCUCUCAUGUAAACAAUGCAGUGUCUUAAUAAAAAGUGAAUUGGACUCUAGUUCAAAGUUUGGGUUUCAAACCCUAAGCGGAAUUGUUUAUAAUAUUUUUCUCUUUUUGGGUGAGACAGUGAACUUAAACAAUACCUUUCUCCAUCUGGGAAAAGAAAUUGGUAGAGGGGAAUCUUUAAGGGAAAUCUGAUGAAAUGUGGUGGGUACUUUUCAAUGGACUGGCAUCCCAGCCCAGAGGAGAGGUAAAAUAUUUAUGUGUCAUGCUACAGAAACUGGAGUGGGUUGUGGCAACUUUCUGAGUUAUUUUUAUAUAUGGACUUGACUUGUUAGAUGGAUAGCUGCCAUGUUUUUCACUGGUAUUUUAAUAGUAUUUUUGUUGGAAAUAUUUAGUGCAGUUGGGAUGGACAAUUUGAUAAAAGGCAAUGACCUUUAAUUUGUUUUUAUGUCUCAUCUCAUGCAGGAUGAUCCUGAGGAUUUUAUUGAGGAACAGAGUCUAAUGGGAAAAUUUGUGACACUGUUGAGAGGUGACAGUCCUGACCAACAGUAUCUGGUGAGUUUUUUGUUCUUUGUUCCUGACACUUAAAUGUUAUGUGCAUUUAUAGGGUAUUUAAUCACACAAUGCAGGACAUGUCACACAGAGACGGCAAAGAACUUUUCUUGUCUGGGGGGGGUAAUUGACACUUGGAUGGUAACUUGUAGGUCCAGGACAAAAAGUGCCCAAAAAUUUUCAGUUUUUUCAUCAUAUGAAAGCAGCACUCACUGUCACUUGUAAUUAAUAGAAGUUUAGUGUCAGCUUUUAGCUUUCACCUGCUGUCAGCAAUUUCCUGAUUUGUUUUGUCUGCAAUUGUGCUAGAUUCUCAAUGCAGCAAGGAAGCAUUUUGGAAGCGGUGGAGAGAAGAGGAUUAAGUUCACUCUACCUCCAAUUGUCUUCUCAGCAUUUCAGCUUGCCUACCAGUACAGAGAUGCACAAGACGAGGUAAAUCUCUUCUGCUUUUUUAAGUUUUUCACUGGUCUACAGAAGUAGCAAAUAUAUUGAUUUGAAAAGAGUCGAGGUAGCUGGCUGCAAAGGGAAGACCUACGGCAAUAUGUAGUUCCUUGAAUUGAGAAAUUUUGCUCAAACCAUUUUUCUGUGAAGGAAAACAUUGCAGCUUUGUGUGAAGUGUGCGCUUUGCUGUCUAUUUACUUAUUUAUUUAUUUAUCUGCGUGUGUUUCUAGGACGAUAAAUGGGACAAAAAGUGCCAGAAGAUUUUUCAAUUUUGCCAUCAGACGAUAGCAGCCCUUGCCAAAGCAGAAUACGCUGAGUUGUCUCUCAGGCUCUUCCUCCAAGGUGCACUUGUAGCUGACCAAGCGGGCUUUUCUAAUGCUGAAACAGUCGCUUAUGAAUUCAUGAGCCAGGUUCGUUCAUUUUUUCGUUAUUUAUGAUCCUGUAGUUACAAAGAUAUUGGUGUCUUUUCUACCGUUUCUUUUCGAGAGAUUGGCGACCUCUUUUCGCCCUCGUCCCGUACAUGGAGGAUGUAAAGGAAUACGAAAGCAUAAGGGAACAUAAUCAAAGAGGUUUUGCGACACUAGCAGCCACUGGAAAGAGAAUAAGACUUCUUGCGCACUUUGAAAUUUUAAUUUGAAAUGCGUUAGAAAUGAGACCUGAGGGACGGGCCAGGGAAAAUAUCAAUAUUUCAUAACUCCCAAUUGCCGUCCGUGUCUUAAAAACUUUUGUGCUCAAGUUCCCUUCUAUGGAAAAUUGUGCGAGGGAAGGCUUGAGAGAUCAGUGCCGAAAACUGCGCCGAAAUCAGAAAUGACUCUCUGUAAGAGGUGGUGUUUAAUUAAUGUUGAGUGGCCAUUGCAUAUUUUUCUUUGGGCGUUCCUUGCACAAACUCUGAACGAUUAUUGUGAGUAUCGAAUUUUAGAUGAUUAGAUUUCAUUUCUCAGCCCGUUGACUUUUCGUUCCUCACCUUUUUCCGUCUAUAUUUUCAGGCUUUCGCAAUAUACGAGGAUGAAAUUAGUGAUUCAAAAGCCCAGCUGGCCGCCAUUACAUUGCUAAUCAGUACAUUCGAAAAGAUGAGCUGUUUCGGCGAGGAAAACCAUGAACCCCUGCGCACUCAGUGUGCUCUAGCUGCCUCCAAACUGCUCAAGAAACCGGAUCAGUGCAGAGCAGUUGUGGUGUGUUCACACUUGUUCUGGUCUGGAAAAAGCCGCGAAGCUGACGGGGGAGAGGUAAGGGUAUUUGUCGCGCUCUAACACGAUUCGUGUUCACUUUAUGCGAAUGAAACCGGGAUAAGAUCCGCUGCAGUAGGACUCCUGGUUUAAGAGUUAGGACUUGUUUCGUGUGAUUGUUACCAUGAUCCUGAUUUGGGACUUUUGAAAUAGCGUUUUUUGUUUCUUUUUCAGUGUCGAGACAGCAAGCGAGUCACAGAGUGUCUGAAGAAAGCUGUUCGAAUCGCCAAUCAAUGCAUGGACAGCACCAUUCAGGUGCAGCUGUUUGUGGAAGUACUCAAUCGCUACCUCUACUAUUUUGAACAGAAAGCAGACACGGUAAUAUACCAAUCAAAUUUUUAGCUCAUGUUUAAAAACGCUUUUAUAGUUACGAAAGACUCAUUCGCUUCCAUGGAUGGCAGCUAUUGUAAGGACAGACGUGCGAACUAAUAAACAAUUGAAGCAAUUCAUGCACUCGAUUUGAUUCAGACCAAUAGGCGCAAGUGAGGAAAAUGCGCACAAAUGUUAGAUUGAGCGUUCUCCCCGCGUACCUGUGCGUCAUAUCUCUGGCGUGCGUGUCACUCCCUACUUAAGCUAGGGGGAAACGCACACGGACCUAAAAUGAAAGAAGGUGUGCUACUUCGAAGGGGUGUAUAAAAGAACUAGCUAAGCUAUUUCAAAGAAAUAGUGGGGAGGUCCCUUGAUUUGAUCCUCAGCAUUUUCCCGAUCAACUAUGGAUGAUAAGUAGGGAAGGAACGAAUUGCAACAUGAGAAAAAUCUGUAGGUUUCUGGGUUUACGUCUGACUACACAAAGCAAAGUUAUAAACUUAAAAAGGUUCAGAACGCAACGAUCAUGUUUUCUACGUGCCCCCCUUAACAGGAUUGUUAUAAGUCAUUACAAAAUACAAGGAUUUUAUUUGAGGGAACUGGGAAAGAAGAGAAGUCGCGUAACUAGAUUUAAAAUGAAAGAUGUCGCGCGACAGUAAUAUCAAGGGUUGUCAUCGUGACGUAUUCUUUCUUUCUCCAAAUAUCAGGUAACGGUUACGGUGAUAAAUCAGUUGCUGGAGAAAAUACGUGAGGACCUUCCUGGUUUAGAAGGAACAGACGAAACGGAGCUGAUAAGAAAGCACUUUGAAAGCACCGUGACCCAUGUGCAGAUCAAGAAAGAAUCACAAGACGAAGACUCGCCUUCAUACGAAGAGAUAAAGAUAUGAAAUUUAUUGCCCAGUAGAUAAUUUUUAGUUAAAUAAGUAGUAUAACAGGUAAAAUUGAAAGAUUGCUGCCAGACAAACUGACAACAUGAUUGAUUAUAAUGGAUCCCUUAUUUAGGGGAGGCCCGAAGGACCAUCAUAAAUGUUCCAUGAAUACAGGCGUCCCUUUAUUGGACCAAAGUUAGUGUUCCUAGAGAGGUGCCACUAUGUGCCGUGCAGGAAUGUGGAUGAAAAUGAAAACGAGGUUGCCCAAGAUCUAUUCCUUUUCACUUAUGAAAGCCGCGAUGAUUGGUUUGAAAUGAGACGUGAAGCCUUCUAUGUCACUUUAAUUGACUCACGUAAACGAAAUCAAAUCUUGCUGCAAUGUUCAUUCAAUACCAUUGCGAAGAAUUCAUGGAAGAGAAGUCUGAAGAGUUCGUCGGACCAGAACUUACCUGGUUCCCAAUCUCCUUGGUUAAAUCUUUGCCAAAUAUCGUGUGGUCAAGGAAAUAUGUAGAAGAAAAACACAAUACCUAGUUAGGUUCAUUUAAGAAUUUUACCGGACUAGUUCUAUUGCAGUGCAACCUUGUUGCAACCGUUUAAUUCACGCUCAAUCGAGGUUCUGUACGUUUUCCACCCAGAAGAUGUUGCGUUAAGUAAGGGGGUUAGUGGCUGGGAGAACCACCUACUGAUUAGUAUUUUCGCGUUUGUCACUAUGUGAUAUUUUGUCAUGCGACGUAAAAAAGGGAUUAACUACCUAUGUUUAUGAAUAUUUGCUUAUGUUCAUCGGCUGGUCCAAAUCUUGAUGUAAGUCUAUGCGGUAAUUGUGGAUUGAAGUUGGGAAUUAGAAUGGAAUGACGAUGUUAGUCGGGUUCCACGCUCGAAUUUCUCUUCAUCUGAUCUUGUCACGCACAGCUUGCUGCGGGGCG